CCGCAGAUCUUUUAAAUACAAACUACAGGGUACAGAUUACAGACACAAAAAUACAGAGUAGUACAUAUUUAAUUGUUCCAACUUCUACAUUACCUAGAUCUACCAAGUGUUAUUGUUUUCAUUAUUGCUAAGUACCAGAUUCCAUACAUUCCUAACCUUAUAACAAUUACAUAAUAGGUAUAUUGUUUUUAAUCAAAGAAAUAUGUUUGCAAUUUCGCGUAUUUUGAUAACCGCAACCAGAAUUUCUCGUGUGCAGAUAAGAAAAUGGCACUACAUAACUUCAGAUGCAUCAGUAAAAAAUAUACGCCAUAUAAAAUGUAUGAAAACGGACUCAGAUUCAAGAUUCCAUACAACAAAAAUAAUUGAUUCUCAGCAUGUAGCUAAUUAUGAGGAUGUUGUUGAUAGUCUUAAUAAUCCCAAAACACUUAUUAUUGACGUAAGAAAUCCAGAAGAAGUUCAGUCUACAGGCCAGAUUCCAUCGAGUGUCAACAUUCCAUUGGACAGCUUACAGCAAGUUCUGACUAACAUGUCUAAAGAAGAAUUCAAAAAGCUCUUUCAUCGUUCCAAACCGACACAAUCUGAUGAAAUCAUAUUUUAUUGUAAAUCAGGUAAAAGAGCUAGCAAGGCACUAGAAACAGCUUUGGCUCUUGGAUACUCAGAGUCUAAAAAGUAUUUGGGCAGUUGGGAUGAGUGGUCUAGCAGACAGUGAUUAAAAUUUUAUAAAUG